GUAGGGUGACUUGAUUGACAGCGUGUAGCAGCUGCUCAGCUGCUGAGACAUGGCGGAGCAUACAGUUUGAGUGAGGAACGCUAGAGAGUUACGGUAGUUUUUGUAUCAGUUGAGGUGACACAGUGCGUAAUAAAUGCCCAAGAAGAAAUUAUAAAGAAGGCUGGCCUUGCUUUCAGUUAAAUUGUAAGACAAAAUGGACGAAGUUGCGAGACGUAAGUAAGCUGGGAAAAUGUAUCGCAGUUUAGUGCAGUCAACAGCCUUGGGCAACAAAUAUGGCUUCGUGUGCCUUUUUGUUUGUAUAAUAAAAAUCUGGCGUGCUGUGCCAUCCAAUACCAUGGCUGAGGUGUCGAAAAUCCACAAGUGACCAGAAAGAAGAAAGUUCUUGCUUCGUAAUCGGGCUCGUUUUAGAAUUAGAGGCGAGGCUAGGGUUGCUACUGAUAGCAAGCUAGCUGGUUAGCUAAGGAACUACACGAAUUGCAAUGGAGCCAAAGCACAAAGAGUUGUUAGAUCAAUGCCACCAGAACUUGCUAAAGUCCAUCACCGACGCAGACCGGUUGAUAGAGUUACUGACCAAAUCUGGUACUCUCAGUCAACGGGAGAGGUACGAGUUGGAUCAGAACUGUUCAUCCAGCACCGAGAAAGUGGAGCAGCUUCUGAAGAUGCUGAUGAACAAGGAGAGCGACCAUUUCCUGGACCUAUGUGUGGCAUUGGAGAAGACCUACCCUCACCUGUACUCUGCCCUCUUCACCAACGGGGGUGGGCCCGUGGACCAUUCUGGGUCCACCAACAGUGUGUUGUCCACCAUGCCGUCCGACUCGGAGAGCAGCAGUUCCCUAAGCAGCGUGGAUACCUUGGGUAAAGCCUCGUCACCGCCGCCCGCCCUCAAUGACAACCGUCAGACGAGCGAGAGCCUGGACACCGUCCUGUUCCAGCUGAGGCAGGUGACCCGUGAGAGAGACGAGCUGCGCAAGCGUCUGGCACUCGCCUCGCCUGGCACCACCUUCGACGACUGCAGGCCAAAUUCCAAAGUGAGCCACGACUACGAGCGUCUGAAGUCGCAGUGCAUGAAGGCCAUGGCCGACCUGCAGGCGCUGCAGAACCAGCACACCAAGACACUCAAGCGCUGCGAGGAGGCCGCCAAGGAGGCCGACUUCUACCAUAUGCUGCACAGUCGUCUGUUGAGCGAGCAGGCGCAGAUGAAGGAGGAGCUGGAGCUGAUGAAGAGGGACAACACUCAGCUGGUGCGGGAGCACAACCACCUGAAGCAGGGCUGCGAGGAGCUCAAGAGGCUCCACAGCGAGGACCAGAAGGACGUGGCCGACAUGAGACUGCAGCAGCAACAGGUCAUGCGGGAGAACGGGUCCUCGGAGGUGCUGAACAAGCUGUACGACACGGCCAUGGACAAGCUGGAGGCGCUGAAGAAGGAGUACGACGGCCUGAGCCAGCGCUACAGCGAGCUGGUGGCCAGCCACAACACGGACACGAGCCGGCUGGAGCAGAGCGAGGAGGAGAACCACCGGCUGCAGAAGCAGAUGGACACCCUGAUGAAGCAGCGCGACACGGCCAUCCACUACCAGCAGCAGUGCUCCACGUCUAUGAGGAGGUUCGACUCCAUGCAGCAGGAGGUGACCAAGGCCUCGUCCCAGAACAAGGAGCUGCAGAGGGAGAUGGAGCGACUGCAGGCGGAGGUCACGCGCAAUAAGAACUUCCAGCUGAAGGCGGCCAAAGACGUGGAGAAGUUCAAGGAGGAGCGGGACUCGGUCUUCAACGAGUACCGGCUGAUCAUGAGCGAGCGGGACCAAGUCAUCAAGGAGGUGGACAAGCUGCAGACGGAGCUGGAGACUGCGGAGGCGCGACUCAAGAACACCUCCUCCGAGAGGGUGGUGGCCAGUGAGGAGCUAGAGGCCCUCAGACAGGAGCUGAACUCGUCGCUGGUGGAUCGGGACCGUGCUAUCUGUGAGCGGAACGAGCUGCUGGAGAAGUACUGCCACGAGAUGAAGGACAAGGCGGAGGCGCAGAAGGAGCUGAACCAGGCCUGCAAGGACAUGGAGACGGUGCGGGAGGAGAGAGACGUGGCACGCAAGGAGCGCACCGAGGCCAUCAUCCAGAGAGACCAGCUGCUGCGCGAGUACUACCAGGCCAGACAGAAACAGGACUCGGCCACUCUGGACAUGGAGCGGGCCAGCAAGGAGAUCGAGAUGCUGAGGAAGCAGUGCGAGGCCAUGAGCCAGGAGCUGAAGGAGGCCGUGCAGGAGGCCGAGGUGGCCAAGUGCCGGCGUGACUGGGCCUUCCAGGAGCGGGACAAGAUCGUGGCCGAGAGAGAGAGCAUACGGACUUUGUGUGAUAACCUGCGCAGGGAGAGGGACCGUGCUGUCAGCGACCUGGCCGACGCCCUACGCAACCUCGAUGACAUGAGGAAGCAGAAGAAUGAUGUCUCGAGGGAGCUCAAGGAGUUGAAAGAAAAGAUAGAGAGCCAGCUGGAGAAGGAAGCUCGUUUCUGCCAGCUCAUGGCCCACAACUCCCACGACUCGGCCAUCGACACCGACUCCCUGGAGUGGGAGACGGAGGUGGUGGAGUUUGAGAAAGACCGGGAUGACAUGGACUUAAAAGCACUUGGGUUUGACAUCGCAGAAGGGGUAAACGAUCCCUAUGUACCUGGGGAUUGUGGGAUAUUUGUGACCAGGGUGGAUAAAGGCAGCAUUGCGGAUGGGAGACUAAGGGUGAACGACUGGCUGCUCAAGAUCAACGACGUGGACCUGACCAACAAAGACAGGAAGCAGGUCAUCAAAGCCGUGCUCAAUGGCGGUGGGGUCAUCAAUAUGGUGGUACGGCGGAGGAAGUCCCUGGGCGGAAGGCUGGUCACCCCCAUCCAUAUAAAUCUCAUGGGACACAAAGACUGUGGCAUUGUGCUGGAGGGUGGGGUGUUCGUGACCACCAUCGUGUCGGGGAGUCCAGCUGCCCGUGAGGGGUCCUUGACUGCUGGAGACCGACUUAUAGCUAUAAAUGGCAUCGCACUAGAUAACAAAUCACUGACUGAAUGCGAAGCUUUGCUGAGGAGCUGCAGGGACUCUCUCAGUCUCUCCCUAAUGAAGUUCUUCCCGCAGAGCUCUUCUGGGCAGAACAUCUUUGAGAGCCUGAGGGAGGCGGAGAAGUCCAGCGGGCGCAUGCUGAUGCCGGAGGUGCACUCACGGAACAGCCGCAACCUCAAGCACAACAGCUCCACGCAGACAGACAUCUUCAGCGGCGAGGGGCUGAGCGUGACCGUGAGCGCCGAGCGGAGGAAGCCCCGCGGCGAGGCAGAGGAGGCGCCGGCCUACCCUUCCGAGCGCAAGCCCUUUCCCUCGGCCACCAUGCACCCCAACUCGCUGCGGCCUUCCUCGGAUCUGGGCCCGCCGCGCUACCCGAGCGCCUUCCAGGAGUGCUGCUACCCCCGCCGGGAGCCCGCCAGCCCCGCCGACUGCGUCACCGUGGAGACCACGCUGGAGCGCAAGCACAGCGGCGGCACCUGGCCCAAGAUGGUGGUCGCGGGCGGCGGGCCCGUCUCCGUGGCGACAGACGCCCCGGCGCAGCUGUCCAUCUUCAAGUCGCCCAAGCAGAGGAGGCCCAUCUUCGACGACGUCUUCAAGUGCCCGGCCGACACCGCGGCCCCCAAGCAUGACUACCGGUCCACCCCUCCUCCGCUACCUCCUCCACCUCCUCCCCCCUCCUCCUCCCAGCUGACCUCCCACUCCCCACAGCCCUCCAAGCUGGAGCCUCCCCCGCUCCCCCCUAUGCCCCCCACUCGUAUGGACUCGUUCAAGUUCAAGCACAAGCCCAAGGGCAGCUCGGCCUCAGACUCCACCAUCACGGAGCACAAGCCCGACGAGCGCUGCCUCAGCCUGGGCCUCAGCGUGAGCGCCGGCAGCAGCGGCCUGCACAGCUUCAGCGAGGCCAAGCCCCUCACCUCGCGCAAGUCUUGUGAGGAGGACAUCGGCCGGCUGCGGGCGGAAGAGCCCGAGGUGAAGCGUCCACGGCCAAAAUCUGCCCCCGCGCUCCGCCGCAGGAUGACGCCGCAGACCAUCACCCUCCCCAGCUUUCAGAGCUACUCCUGUGAUGAUCAGUCGGUGGAGGCAAGGGAUAUGCUCCGGUCUCCCAACCGGUACCGGCACAGCCUUGGCUUUGUGCCCACCGUGUACAACGGCACCCUCCCUCCCCACUCAGCACAUCGGGGCCUGGCGCCCUGCCCGGCCGUGACGGCCGUCAUGAGGAAUCCGGUGUACACGGUGCGGAGUCACCGGGUCCACACGAGUAACUGUCCUUCAGUGGCCAGCCAGAUCGGCCAUCAGCACUCGCAGCACCCCAGUCCCCAGCACCAAGGACGUCUGAGUCUGGACCUGAGCCAGAAGCCCAGCCACGCGCCCGACCUCUCCGAGUCAUCCUCCCGCAGCAGCCGGUCCUCCCACGGCACCAACUCCCUGCCCCCCAGCACCCGCCUCGGUUCAACAAAUAAUGUCCAGUUUCGCACUGAGAGGAUCAAGCUCCCCUCCACGCCCAGAUACCCUCGCUCCAUGCUGGGGUCAGACCGAGGCUCCCUUUCCCACUCGGAGUGCAGCAGCCCCUGCUUGAUCACGCCCCCGCUGUCCCCCCACAACCUGGAGACGUCGUCCUUCGCCAGCAGCCAGUCGCAGGGCUCCAUCUCCACCUCCACGCUGCCCCGCAUCUCCGUCAGCCCCGUGCCCGCGGUGGAGCGCCGCAAAGACCGGCCGUACCUGGAGGAGCCGCGGAACGUCAUCGUGCAGAAGGGCGCCGAGCCCCUGGGCAUCUCCAUCGUCGGCGGCGACAACGGCGGCAUCUUCGUCUCCAAGGUGACGGGCGGCAGCAUCGCGCACCAGGCGGGGCUGGAGUACGGGGACCAGCUCUUGGAGUACAAUGGCAUUAACCUGAGGAACGCCACGGAGCAGCAGGCUCGGCUCAUCAUUGGCCAGCAGUGUGACACCAUCACCAUCAUGGCGCAGUACAAUCCACACAUGCACCAGCUGGGCAACAACUCCCGCUCCAGCUCUCGUCUGGAGCCCAUGAGCACCCAGCCCACGCCCCUGGGCAGCGGAGCCACCACCCCUGACAACCACUCCAACAUCGACACCCUGAGCGAGCAGGACGAGGGCACCCUCACCCCCUCCUCCAAACACACCACCCCCACCACCAGCCCCCACAGCUUCAUCAGGAUGCCGUCGGAUGUUUCCAGAAAGAUCCCUGAGCCGAGGCAGGUGACCGUAAGGAGGGGGCAGGCGGACCUGGGGGUGCAGAUCAGUGGGGGCAACCUCAGGGGCAUCUUUGUGGAGGGGCUGGAGGAGGAUAGUCCUGCACAGGGGCCAGAUGGACUGAUGCCUGGAGACAUGAUUCUUGAGUACUGUUCGGUGCUCAUGAAGAACAAGACUGCAGAGGAGGCCUACCUGGAGAUGCUGAAGCCAGCAGAGAGUGUUGCCUUCAAAGUCCAGCAGCGACUGGAUGAGUUCAACGCACUAAAAGACACUCCUGGAGAUGGAUUCUAUAUCAGAGCACUUUAUGACCGGACCGCGGAGUCGGAGCUGGACCUCACUUUUAAAAAGGAUGACAUCCUCUACGUGGAUGACACACUACCAAAGGGCAACUUUGGCACCUGGAUGGCCUGGCAACUUGAUGAAAAUGCACAAACCAUGCAAAGGGGACAGAUCCCCAGCAAGUACAUGAUGGAUCAGGAGUUCUACCGCAGACACAGCAUGACUGACAUGAAGGAUGAGAACGGGUCGAGUAAGACUCUCUCGGCGGCGGCGAGGCGCUCCUUCUUCCGCCGAAAGCAGAAGCACAAGCGCAGCAGCUCCAAAGAUGGUGGCAAAGAGCUGGUGGCUCUGGACGCCAUCAGCACCGACUCCAUCCCAUUCCUGGAGGACUAUGUGAGUCUGGCAUACCAGCGGGUACAGAAGGUGGAGUGCGCCUCGCCCCGGCCCGUGCUCAUCCUGGGGCCUCUGGUGGACGCCGUCAAGGACAUGCUGGUCAAAGAGUCUCCGGGGAAAUUCUGCAGAUGCGUACUUGAGGUGAUGAAGGCUUCUCAGCAGGCGAUCGAGCGUGGCGUCAAAGACUGCCUGUUCAUCGACUAUAAGCGGCGCAGUGGCCACUUCGACGUCACAACGGUUGCUUCCAUUAAGGAGAUCACAGAGAAGGACUCUCACUGUUUGCUUGACAUUGCACCUCACGCCAUUGAGCGGCUUCACAGCGUUCACAUAUACCCAAUCGUCAUUUUCAUACGCUACAAAAACGCAAAGCAGAUAAAGGAACAGAAGGAUCCGGUGUAUCUGCGGGAUAAAGUCUCUCAAAAACAUUCCAAGGAACAAUUUGAAGUUGCACAGAAGAUUGAGCAGGAGUAUAGCAAAUUCUUUACAGGUAUUGUCCAAGGUGGCACUUUGCCCUACGUUUGCACUCAGAUCACAACUAUAGUUGAUCAGGAACAGAGCAAAGUUCUGUGGACUCCUCUUGGCUCUACAUAGAGGUCUGAGAAGGGUCCAGGAGGCUCACUGCCUUUCAUCUGUGGUUACAUGCGCACACUCACACACACACACACACACACACACACACACACACACACACACACACACACACACACACACACA